UUUGCAGAAGAAGCGCGAAAAAGAAGCACACAAGUCAUGGCGGGAAGCGACGCUCGGAAGCAGCUUCUGAACUUAAUUCACGAUUUCGCAUCCGAAAAGUCGCACGGAGAGCGAAGAGUGGUAAGUCUGAGGAAGCGAAUCGAAGAGCUCGGUUCCGAGCUGGAAAUUGCAAAUGCGGAGCUCGAAGAAGCCAAGCGCACCAAGGAAACCGCCGAGCAAGAGGUCAAAGGCUACGAAGUCGAAUUGGCGAUGAACGAAGCAACGGUUCAAACGCUGGAGUUGAGGAUUUCUCAUACGCAAGACGAGAUUUCCGCCGUCGGAUCUGAAGUAGAAGCUCUUAAGAACAAAGAAGCUGCUUCGAGGGACGAGUUUAUAAGCGAAAUGUUUGAGAUUAACGCUAAGAUAAGGUUAGCCUCAUUUCAAUAG